UAUUAUUGUCUUGAAAUAAUUUUUUUUUAAUACACAAACACUUCAAGUUAAUUAUCCAAUUAUCCAUGAAACUAUUAUAGCCAAUAUAACAAAAUUAUAAAUACUUUUACUUAUUAUCAUAUAUUAUUCAAGAAUCUAUUACUUCUUACGUGUAAAUCUUUAUGUAAACUGAAUACUACGUGAUUGGUUGACUCAAUGAACCAAGGCCCAAUGAAACGAGGCCCCGCCCCUUUUGUCUCGGUGAAAAGGGUAUAUAAAGAUCCAAAUUUUUGGAAAAAUUAUCAAUCCUGAAUUUGCAUCCACGAGAGCAACAUGGAAUUUUUCAAGAGCUUCCUACGAACUAUUGGCAUAUUGGAGCCUACUAAAGUGGAUUUCAUUUCUGAAUUGCCUCUGGAAUUAUCGCAGAUAAUUCUUCGCAAUUUGGAUGAGGAGUCUUUGCUGUGCGUUGCUCGAGUAUCGCGAAAAUGGUUGCAAAUCUGCAAAUUCGAUAAAAUUUUAAAACAAACUGCAAGGCUCCAUAAACGACAAAUCAGAAGGAAAAUGAGGGAACAAAUUUUGGGACGAGAUUCACCGUCAAGGAUUGAAUCGUUAAGAAGAAUACAAGAAUUGAGAAGAGAUAGAAAUAGAGUAGCAAGUAUAAGGUUAGAAACGGCGGUAGUCUUUGGUAAUAGAACUAGGAUCCCACCACUAAGAAAUAUAAAAGUAAGUAAUUGCUCAACUAGAAAAUCUCGUAAUAAAUGUAUUAGAAUAUGA